AUGCGCAGUGAGAGUAUAUGGCGUCGUGCCAAAUCUGUGCUCUCCAGUCAACGAUACCAUGGAGUUCCCAGCGGCCAAACCAAGACAUCAACUCUCAAAUGGUCAAAUCGGAUAGAAGAACACGAAAGCAUCGGGGGAAUUACGGAAGCAGAGGUUAUUGAAGGCGACUCAUCCAACCCCCAGAAGCCACACUGGAUUAAUGGCGUCUUUCUCUGUGCCAAGGCCUCUACCGUUUUGCUUCUGCUGAAUCUCAUCUUCAUUGCCGUCGCUGCUGGACUUGCCAAUCGGAACUCGGAGAACAGUGGAUUCUCCAGCGAGCAAGUAAUAUACCAGGGCAGCUGUGUCUUGACCAAACGGUGGAACAUCGGCCUGCACUUGAUCAUCAACGUACUCAGUACUGGAAUCCUUGGUGCUAGCAACUACUGCAUGCAGUCACUCGUUGCGCCGAGUCGGGAAGAGGUUGACAAACAUCACGCACAAGGUCGAUGGCUUGACAUCGGGUGCUCGAGUGUGAGGAACCUCUUUGUCAUUGGAAAACCUAGGCUCGCUCUGUGGCUGGUACUGCUUUUCACGGGGACACCGUUUCAUCUGUUGUACAACUCGAUGAUUUUUGAAUCCGUGGCCAUAAACGAGGUACAACUUCUUAUGGGACCUGGGGAUUUAAAUUCUUCCAACAUCGCGAAUUUGAAGACCCCUGCCCUUGAUCAGUGUUUCAGCAUAAACCCGAAAUAUCCUGGUGGGGAUGCUGCUGUAUUUCGGGGUGCCGAGGCGCACGAGAGUGAACCAAGCGAAUUAUAUCACUCACGUAUUAGAAGUGAUGGGUAUCCCGAGGGUGAGCUGAAAUGGGAUGACUUUGCCUCUGAUAUUGUGCGGGGCAACUACGAGCGCCUAAAUACUCAGCAAGGUCUCAAGCUUAGUGGUUUCGGAGAUAGUAUGGGAUUAAAGAUGGAGGGAGCAAAGGUGGCCAUACUGCUGACGAACGAGUUAUCGGUGAGUCAAGGUGGAAAUACUGCGAUACUCUCGGCGACAUCCUCGCUUGGUUUGAUUCCAGACAAUAGUACCAUCGGUUACAAAGUGACGGGAUACAAAUUCUCUGCCAAAACCUUGGCGAUCAAUAUCCUUGACUCUGGCCGAGCCCAUUACUACAUAAAUGAGAAUUUCACGUAUGAAGCCUGUCUUCACACGCUGGAUAAAAACUCCUGCUCAAAUGCCCGCGAUCUAUUUGACUGGGCCAACUAUGAUGGGGACCAGCCAUCCCUUGAGAGGGUGAAUCGAUACAUUCAGGCUAACACUACCUCCGACAUCACGACCAGUGGCUAUGUCCUUACUUGCGACGAUGAUACAUCAACGCGUGAAUCAAAGGUUUAUAGCAUCGACGGAGGUCUUGUGAUCAAAGCGGAAGAGCGAUGCCAGCUGCUCUAUAGUCCACCGAUCUGCAUUAUAAUUGCUCUUGCGACUCUCCUGAAAGUCGUAGCAAUGUUCCUGGCAGCGAGGAUAGGCCGUCAUCGGUCUCCACCUUUGCUCACCGUGGGCGAUGCGGUGGCGUCCUUUAUGGAGAAUCCAGAUUCCACCACGGAGGGAAUAUGUUGGUUAUCCAAUUCUGAUGUCCACCGAGGAGCAUGGAAGGUACCUCAAAGAACAGAGGACCCUGCCGAGGAGCCUUUGAAAGGGAUCCGUCAGCGAGCGCCGAUGGUAUACAAGGGGCUAUCGCGACGCAAGUAUUGGAUUCAAGCCUCAAGCCUCACACGCUGGAUAACGACCCUCGCCUUAUGUCUAGGAUUUAUUGCCGCCGGAGUAUAUCUCUUCGAGCAAUCCAUCUCCUCAUUCGGAGAAGAAAACCCGUGGUUGACGUCCAGACUGCUCCAUAUAAUUUGGACACAAGGGCUCGCUGGCAACAGGGGGACCACCGCAAUCAUUGACGUGCCAGUAAAAUUUUCCACUUUGAGCGCUGUGGUGGUAGCUAAUAUACCACAACUGGUUGUCACAGUCAGCUAUUUCUUCUACAACAGCGUGCUGACCAACAUGCUCGCAACUGCCGAAUACAGCUCCUACGGGGCAAGUUCAAAGCCUCUUCGAGUGACAUGGCCCGUCAAAGACAGUAUGCAGCAGUCAACGUACUGGCUAUCCAUGCCAUAUCGAUACGGAGCCCCCCUGCUGGUGUUCUACAUGAUUCUGCACUGGUUGAUCUCUCAGAGUAUCUUUUAUGCUAGGAUCAUGGCGUAUGAUUGGAUUGGCCGGCCAAUCUAUAAGUAUUCCAUCAGCUCCCUGGGCUAUAACUCUCUGGCUAUCUUUAUCUCUAUGCUUGUGGGUGGUUUGAUGGUGUGUUUGUUGCUUGGACUAUCUUUCAGAAAGUUCAAGUCAGAAAUGCCGUUGGCGGGGGCUUGUAGUGCUGCGAUUAGUGCUGCAUGCCAUGUGCCCAAGGACGAGGACUUGGAUCAUGCUGCUAGAGGGUCGGUGAUGUGGGGAGAAACAAUGACAUCGCCAUCUUGGGCGGGGGAUUUGGGUGGAAUUGAGGAUGACAAGGGGCACUGUAGCUUUACAUCUUUGGAGACGGUGAGACCUUCAUUGAGCAAAAUGUAUGCCUAG